AAAAAAAAAAAGGGAGAGGGGGGAGAAAUUAGUGCCCGGGGAGUUGGGAUUAAACCGCGGCUCUAAGGAGGGUCGCCCACGUCCCGCUCCCAGGAUCCCGGCGCUUCCUGUGGGCAGGAGCCCAGCAUGGGGAGCGAGGAGGGGAGUUUGUGAGCCUGGGAUGAGCCCACGGGCGGUGACACCCCGUCCCGGUCCCCGGGGUGACGUCUCCGCAGUGACCUGGGACGCGCUGAAUCUGAAAGGAAUCUGAGGGUGAGUCGCAGGUGAGUGAUGCUGAGCUGUGAGGGCAAGGGCUGCCACCAGCCUGCCCCCUCCCUGCCGGCACCCAUCCCUUUGUGUCCCAAAUUCAGGGCUGGCCAAACCCUGUCCCAGGCACCAGGGCCCCACAUUGGCUCCCAUUCACCCGGGGGAUCAGGGUUAUGGGGUGAAACCCCAAGAGCCCCAGUGAUGACACUGCUCGGAGUGCCCUGCUCAGCUCAGGGGGUGCCAGCGGGACACCCCAGGAUUAGCAGCCGGCCUGGGGAAGCCCAUCACGAUGCUCUGCUGUACCAGGAGGUUGUGCAAGAGGCUGCGGCUGUGAGAAAGGAGAAGUGAAAGUGUGAAGCGGGAGGCGGCUCCCCCCGCGCCCAGGGGGGUACCCCAUGCUGCACCCCAAGCCCAGCAGCUUUUUCAGAGACGGCUGGAGGGAUAAAGCCGGGGGAAACGUGGCUCUGCCUCCCCCUCCUCCUCCUCAUCCCAAACCACCACAAGCCCCCAGCCCACCCCGAGCCACCGCCACCGCACAUCUGGGCGCCAGCGCUGCGCCCCCCCCGCUCUCUGCUCUCCCCCCUCACCAGUAAAUUGUGCCCGUCUGCCUUCCCUCCCUGCUCCCCAGAACCCUUUCCCCGCUCAUCUCCGCUCAUCGGACACGGCGUUCCACCCCCUGCACCCCAAAACCACGCCACCCCCUCCAGCCUUCCCAGCCCAUGGGUGCCACCCCGCUCUGGGUAUCAGCGUCCAUCCCCCGGGUGGGGCGGCCGGCGAAACCCCUCCGCGCUACCGCUCCCCAGCCCCGUCCGCCCCGUCGGGUCCCACCUGCGCGGGGAGGAGCCGCCGCCGGUACCGGGCGGGUGGGGCGCACCGGGAGCCGCUAGAUGGCGCCCUCCGAGCGGUACCGACGGGGGGGACACAUCGCCCUUCGCCCGGGGACACCCCUGUCCCCCCCUCUGCGGGGCUCCCGGCCCCUCCCGGGCUGUCCCCGGGCAAGGAGCGAUGUCCCAAGGACAGAGACCCCCGAGGGGGCGGUCGGGGCGCGGCAGGAGAAGACCGGGAGGAGGGAAAAACCGGGCUGGGAGGAGGAGGAGGAGACCGGGAUGGGGAGGGAGGGGUGUGUAAAGGGGGGGGCCCGGCUUGUCGGUGCCCCGCCCGGGGAUGGGAGGAGGAAAACCUCCCGCCGUCCCUUUAACAGCCAGCGGCGCUGCUCGGAGUUCAGGCCGGGGUCAGGGGGAGUUCGCAGCCCGGGUUUCACCUCCGAGCUGGCGGCGUCGGGAACCCCGAGGAACCGCUGCUGCUUCUUCCACAACCACCUCCUCCUCCUCUUCCUCCUCCUCCCGUUCCGUAGGACCGGCCGGGAGCGCGGGGUAUGGAGGAAGAGAAGCAGCAGAGGAAGAGGAGGGUGGAGGGGAGCAGCAACCGGCGGCGGCCCCCCCGGGGCUGAGCCAUGAGAGUUCACCGAGACCUCAGCUGGCUGGCGGAGGCCACCGGACGCCCAGGGCGGCGGGCGAGGAGCGGGAUGCUGGACGCCAUGGAGGUGCCGAGCCACUCGCGGCAGCUGCUGCUGCAGCUGAACACGCAGCGCACCAAGGGCUUCCUGUGCGACGUGAUCAUCGUGGUGCAGAACGCGCUUUUCCGCGCGCACAAGAACAUCCUGGCCGCCAGCAGCGCCUACCUCAAGUCGCUGGUGGUCCACGACAACCUGCUCAACCUGGACCAUGAGAUGGUGAGCCCCGGCAUCUUCCGCCUCAUCCUCGACUUCAUCUACACCGGCCGCCUGGCCGAGUGCGAGCCGGGCAGCGAGCAGAGCCUGGGUGCUGUGCUGGCUGCCGCCAGCUACCUCCAGAUCCCCGGCUUGGUGGCCCUUUGCAAGAAGAAGCUGAAGCGCAGCGGCAAGUACUGCCACCUGCGCGGGGGCUACGCGCCCUACAAGCUGGGCCGCGGGCUGCGGGCCGCCACGCCGGUCAUCCAGGCUUGCUACUCGGGGACGCCGCGGCCCGUGGACCUGCCGCCCGUGGAGCCGGCGGCGCCGCUCAACACCCAGUGCGGGGAGCUGUACGCCUCGGCCGCCCAGGGCGCCCCGCUGCACCCCCACGGGCUGUGCCCGCCCGAGCGCCACUGCUCGCCGCCCUGCGGCCUCGACCUGUCCAAGAAGAGCCCCACCGGCCCCUCCGCCCAGCUCCUGCCCACCGACCGCCUGCUGCCCAGCGAGCCCCGCGAGCCCUCGCUGCCCCCACGGCACGACAGCCCCCCCGUCAGCGCCGGCCUCCUGGGCAGCCACGCCGCUGCCUACAAGGACUCCCCGCCGGGCGGCGAGCCGGGGGGGCACCCCCACGCCCCCGACCCCUUCCGCAGCACGCCGCCCUGCGCCGAGCCCCCGCUGCCCCGCGCUGACGGGCGAGAGCUGAUGUACCGCUGGAUGAAGCACGAGCCCCUGGGCCCCUACCUGGACGAGGGGGAGGCGGAGAAGGAGCUGGAGCGGGAGGAGAAGGCCGAAUCGCCGCCUGCGGCACCGCAGCCCCGCUACCCCAGCGUGGAGAGCAACGACCUGGAGCCUGAUAACAGCACGAGCGAGGAGACGGGCAGCAGCGAGGGCCCCUCGCCCGGCGACGCGCUGGACCGCUACUGCAACCACCUGGGCUACGAGCCGGAGAGCCUGGGCGACAACCUGUACGUCUGCAUCCCCUGCGGCAAGGGCUUCCCCAGCUCCGAGCAGCUCAACGCCCACGUGGAGGCCCACAACGAAGAGGAGCUCUAUCACAAGGCAGCGGCCGAGCAGGCCGUGCCCUUCCUGGACAAAGGUGGCCCAGGGCUGGGUGACAUCUUGCGGCCUUACCGCUGCUCCUCCUGCGACAAGUCCUACAAGGACCCGGCCACGCUGCGGCAGCACGAGAAGACGCACUGGCUGACGCGGCCCUACCCCUGCACCAUCUGCGGCAAGAAGUUCACGCAGCGCGGCACCAUGACCCGCCACAUGCGCAGCCACCUCGGCCUGAAGCCCUUCGCCUGCGACGCCUGCGGGAUGCGCUUCACCCGCCAGUACCGCCUGACCGAGCACAUGCGCAUCCACUCGGGCGAGAAGCCCUACGAGUGCCAGGUGUGCGGCGGCAAGUUCGCCCAGCAGCGCAACCUCAUCAGCCACAUGAAGAUGCACGCGGCCGGCCCCGACGGCAAAGCCAAGCUGGACUUCCCCGACAGCGUCUACGCCAUGGCCCGGCUCACCGCCGACCAGCUGGGGCUCAAGCAGGAGAAGGCGGCCGAGCUGCUGUCCCACACCUCGCACUUCCUCAGCGACCCCAAGGCCAUGGAGAGCCUCUACCCCCUGGCCAAGUUCACGGCUGAGCACCUGGGGCUGAGCCAGGACAAGGCGGCCGAGGUGCUGGCGCAGGCUCCACACCUCCACACCGAGGCCGCCCGGACCAUAGAGCGAUACUCGCCCCCCUAGCACCGGCCUGGCCGGGGGGCUGGGGGGGCCGCUGGGCUCCCCUCGCUGCCCCGUGUGGAGCUGGGGGGGGCGAGAGGCGAUGGGUGCUCGUCCCCAGGCGCUGCCGACGGUCCCGGAGAACUCGCUCGUAGCGAAGGUCCCAUGCGAGCUGCUCCGGGAUGGAUGGACGGCGUGUCCCUCGACCAGCGCCCCGGCUUGCCCGGGAGAAGCCGAUAAAUCAGGGACUGACCCCGCGGCACCUCCGCCCCUUGCCGUGGGGGGCGCCGGGACCCCGGCACGGGGCGGCAGCGACGCACAAGCUGUGAGGCCGGGCUGCGGCCCGAGGCUUUGGAGGACAUGAGCCCGCUCCUUACCUCAGGGCUGCCCCCGGCCGAGGGGACGCCCUCGGCAGCGCCGCGUGGCUCCGGCCCCACGGUGGGACCCGCCGGCGCUCGGCUUUGCCGCGACGGGACCCGGACUGUGCCGCGGCCGUGAGUAGCUCGUCCGUCGGGGCCGGAGCGACGGCUCCGUGCUGAGCGGGAGCGGCCGGCGCUGGGCCGGGGCUGUGCGCCCGAGCACGCCCCGGGGGCUCGGGGACGGACUGACGGAGGGGACGGUGGGAUCUGAGCGGCAGCGCGGGACGGGGGAGCGGCGAGGCCGGGGAAUCGCGAUGCUCCUCGCCCCGGAGCAAGCACUGACCUCCCGUCCCGAGCGCAGGGGCUCGGCCGGCUGCUCCCCGUGGUCUUGGGAGGUGGGGCAGGGCCUGUCCCAGACUGAGCCCCUGGGCCCUGCCUCGCCAUCAGGGAUGCCCGGGGCACCCGGGCCAGCCCCGGGACCCGGCGGAUUCGCCCUCGGGCGGCCACUCGCCUUGAUUAUUUUUUAUUUUUUUAUUUUUUGCCAAAGACGCCCGUCUCCAGCGCGGCCGGGCCGGGCCGGGGGGUCCACGACAAAGACAAAGCGGUCUCUGGUUUGUCAGCUACGGGAGGUGGGCAGGGGCUGCGGGAGGGGCCCGUGGGGCAGAGCCCGGGGGGUGCAUGGCCGAGUCCCCCCCGGGCACCUCCUGCCACCACCGCAGCCCCUCUCCCACCUUCUGCUCGGUGUGGGCCAAGUCCCCCCAGCCUGGACCCCCCCGGCCCGUGCCCUGACCCCUCCGUUGGGGCUAAUGUGAAGCUUCUCCCCCCUCCUGAGCCCCCUCCUCUCCUUUGCACACGAGGCUCCGGGCGGCCGCCAGCAGCGACUGCCCCCGGCCUCGCAGCCACUGUGCCUUAGCCUGAGCUGGCCGCUCCUGCCCGGCUGCCCCCGAGCCUCCCGGGGCUGGCCGGGUCCCCCGGGGCCGGCAGUGUCCCCCGGAGCUGCCGCGGGGUGACUGCUGGCGGUGGCAGCACCCAAAGCACAGCUGGCAGCGCCCAGCGGGGCCCCGGCCCCCCCUGUAUCACGUCCAAUUUGUACACGGGCUUCUCGCCCUUUUUUUUUUCUAUAGUCGAAACGGAAUGAGCAAUAAAGUGACAUUAACACGC